AUGUUUUCUAUACUCAACACUACAAGAAAUGUCUCUUCCAUUACCAACACGGUUCGAAAUCCCUUUGCACCUCUCACAUCUAGUUCCAUACUGAGUAGUAAAGAUACUGAGAGAAAUACAGACUUGGAGUUAAAACUAGAGGAUCUCUUAACGGCGUGGUGUGUAUAUGGAAGAUUAAGUGUUGGAUAUAGUGGAGGUAAAAUUUCUUCACUUCCUUCACUAAAUGAUCCCAACACACGAGGUACUUUCUUACCUGUGCAAUUAAUAUGUAAUAUAAUGAGUUUUCUUGAUCUCCCAUCUUUACUACAGUUAAGGGCGGUGUGUAGAUCUUAUCAUGAGGUAUUUUUCUCACAAUGUGUACAAGAGACAUUAGCCAAUUCCGUUACUCGAGUAUUGGAUGAAACUUAUCUUUCUUCCAGUCUAUUAACAACAUUAAUACAAGAACGGAUGGCGAUACUUAUAAAAUGUGAAGCUGCCUGGUCUCAUUGGAUUACUCGUUUUGUUGGAGCUCAAUUACAUGCAGAGAUGGAUGGAUCUGAAGUUCGUAUUCUUUUACAAACAGGUGAGACAUUAUGUCAGGAAUUACAAAAUGUUCGUAAUGAUCUUCGAACAUCUAUUUCCUUAUGGUUAAGUCAUCUUGCGAAUACACGUCGUAUUCGAUAUAAUAUUCGUCAACAAUUAUUUAAUAUCUCUUCUCUUGGUAAUUUAGUAAGUAUGGGAGUUCGUCCACUUCUUUUACCAGAUGGGACUCUCUGUGUAAAUGCACCAUCGGAUUCGAUUUCUCUUUAUAGUCGUUAUCAUGCUGUAAGUGGAAAGAAGGGAGUGGUGUGGAAAAUAUUUGCAGAAGGAACUCUCAUAGCGCCAGUGUGUGGAAUGUAUUUUGAUCUCUUUACAGAUAUUAUACAUAUCGCAUUACAGAAUGGAGAUAUUGUCAAGUGGAAAGUAAAUGAUCCAAAGACAGCGAGACUUGUAAGAGAUAUGCAAUUGUAUGGUAGUGAUAGACAUAAGCAUAUGGCCUGUGUAGAGACAAUUGAUCAUUAUAAUAUAGCUCCAACACAAUUGGCAAGUUUUAUUCCUACAAGUAUGGAUUCUAUUUUAUUACCAGAGUAUGUGUGGAAAGAGUCAGAGGUGUUGUCCAUCACCCGCGCUCAUAAUAAUAAUAAUAAUAAUAAUAAUAAUAAUAAUAAUAAUAAUAAUAUGGGAGAUGUGGCUAUUGUUAUUGUAAAAGAUAGUAAAGAUAUUACCGCAACGUUACUGUCGAGUGUUAGGGUAAAUGAUGGACGUUUAACGAUAAAAGAUUUGCGUGAAAUUGACAACUUACAAAGUGAACUCUGUGUUCUUGACUAUAAUGAAUCUAAUCAUACUGGGACUCCUCCAGUAGCACCGGAGGCUGUAAGAAUAGGUGAAGGAAUAGAAAUGGCAGAGUUGUCUGAUCAACAACAGCUAAGGGAAAUGAAUACGGAUAAUACGAAUAAUACUAAUAAUACUAGUAUUGGUAGUAAUAAUGGAAGAACAACUACGGUGCCUAUUCUUCAAACCGAAAAAGAAGUGAUGGAACGAUUUGUAUUUGCUGUAUAUAAUGAACGUACAUCAUUAAUGUGUACUUCUGCUCUUACAGGUGAAAUAGCCCAUUGUAUUUCUAAUUCAUUUAUUAAUACGACUUUAGGUGUAAGUCGUGCAGGAGAUGUUAAAAGUGUACGUUUCCUUUCUGCUCCAGUAUUUAAAAGAUGUGAUUUGAGUGAUCCCAAUAGUGUAGAGGAAGGUGAUGUUCUUACUAUUUCCUUAAUGCCGAGUAGAAUAUUCAUUAGUAGACAAACACUAUUUCGUAAAAUACGAAAAAUUGAAAAAUGUGUUUGGGAUGAUGAUGAUGAUGAUGACUCUAUUCAAUAUCAUAAUGGAUCUAAAGAGAAAAAAAGAAAUAGAAAUAAGAUGACUUGUACUUUUUGCGGUAUAUCUUCAAAGAAGUUAAAAAGACGUACAUGGUAUGUUUUACAAGGUUAUGUUUAUAAAUCGCCUUCUUCAGAAAUAACACCAAUUUUUGAAGUUGCCCUUCCAUCUAUUACAGCUGUGAUCACACCUCGUCCUUGGCUUUCACAUCAUGCAGAGUUACUUAUACAAUGGAAGAAGAAGAAGGAUAAUAAUAAUAAUAAUGGGAAGGAAAUAAAGGAUUCUAAUAAGAUAUUCUCACAUCUUAAUAGUUGGUGGUGUCCAUUAAAGGAUGGACAUCCUUAUUUCCGUAUACCAUUUAUAUUAUUUCUCUCAAGAUUUACACCAUAUAUUACUUUUUGUAAUCCAAAUAGGAAUAGUGAUAAUAGUAAUAGUUCUACUACUAUGGAAGAACAAGUAUCCUCAUCAGAGGCUCUCACAACGUUUAAAACUAUAGGUAUCUUUGAUCCCUUUGAAGAACAUUUCUUUAAGUGUAGAGCUGUAGUGCUUUCCCUUUCUCAUGCCUUUUUUGUGUUGGCGGUUGAAGGGGGGGCAUUACUGUUGGUCUCUCCAUCGUGUACAUUUCGUGUUAACAGGAAUAGUCAAGAGAAUGUAAACAACGCCGAACAACAACAAGAAGAAGAAGAAGAGGAAGAAAAGAAGAAAGAAAAAGAAGAGAAAGAGGAGCAUACAUCAUUACCUUUAGUAACAGCAGAGUUGGAUGAACACCAAUCCACCGAAUUGGAAAUAGACUCCUCAAUAAAUACGAAGGGGAAUACAUUACCAAAACUCAAUAAUAAUAAUAAUAAUAAUAAUAAUAAUAAUAAUAAUAAUAAUAAUAAUAAUAGUGAUAAUAGUGAUAAUAGUGAUAGUGAUAAUAGUGAAGAGAUGAGUGUACGGAUGGAACCCUCAAGACGGGAGCCGUUAAGUCGUUUCUAUCGCACCACACCUUUUUACGGAAAAGAUUGGCAGAAAAAAGAACGCGAAAGACGACAAGAGGCUGUACGAUCUCUUUCCCCAAUGGAUUUCUUCGGUAAUGGAUUUCGUGAAGAUGUUUACAUUCAGACCUUGCAGCGUGGUAGUGAGUCUGUGUUAACGUCCUUUAUGGGUGAAGCCUUACAUCAGGAUUUUCAAUUUCACGGUGUUUGGAUACGAUCUCCACAACGAGAAUCCGGUCAACCUUCUCCCGCAAACUCAUGGAGUUUACACCUGGAUGGGUGGAAAUUAACUUCACUCAGUGAAUCUUUUGAAGUGGUCAUAUAUGAUCUCACAUUACAUAGAAAUAGUCAUGAUGAUGGAUUUGUUUUUGUGGUAUUAUUAACAUUAAGUCCAUAUGCAUGUCAACCAUUUAAUGAUAAAUUGGGAUUAGGAUAUUUUAUGCGGCAACGAUUACAACACUUUUUAAGAUUAGAAACUUUAGGUUCAUCUUCUGGAUUUGAAAUAUUAUGGCAAAAUGGUAUAUUGGUAAUAUGUAGUGUGAGAACGGGAGUUCGAUAUGCUGUAUUUGAUUUUGAUGCUGACUUUUAUGAUCCUAAGGAUGAUAAGAAUUAUUAUUCCUAUUAUUAUAAUAACAAUAAUAAUAAUAAUAGGAAUAAUAGUAAACAGCAUCCUUUAUUACCAUUAUCCGUUAAACUAAAGAAAAAAUGUCCUCAAAUCUCAUCCUCUACGCUGGGAAUAUCAUCCCUUUCACAUUAUGAUAAUAAUAAUAAUAAUAAUAAUAAUAAUAGUGAUAAUGGAGAGCGUAGGGGAAAGGUAUUGUAUCAGUAUCCAUUACCGAAUCAAUCCAUGUGGUAUUUAUUCUUUACAUAUGUACUUCAUCCAUUUGCAUUAACAUUUUUACUUCUCUCGGUAUUAUUAUUUGUAUUGCGUAUAGAUGAGUAUGUGAUGAUGCCAUUUUGGGUAUUAUUUAUUAUCUAUUCCCCAUAUCCAGUACAUCUGCUUAUUUGUGAUUUAUUACCCUAUGAUCGAUAUUUUAAAGAAAGUUCUGGUAUUCCUUUUUUGACGAAUAUUAUUAUGGAUAUAUUUAUGUUUAUGCUCUUUCCACUCUUCUAUGUACUUAAAUGGGAAGUUUCUUCUAUUUCUAAUAAUGUACCUUGGGUCAUUGUGACCAUUCCUCUUGAUAUUGCUAUUUUAUUAUCUAUAUUACCAUCUUUUUAUACGCCUUUUUGUUUAACACGUAGUGUACGGGAUAUAUGUGCUAUUCCAGAAAUUGUUUACGUUAUUGAACGUUUAUUAUGUGUGGCCUUUGUUGUUUUACUCGCUUUUUUCUUUGAUGGACCUUCCCCAACAGAUCCAAAAAAACCAAAGAUAAGUUUAUUACUUGUAUUUACACCUCUUUUUCUCAUUUUUCUUAUUAUGAUGGUGAAGACGGUUUAUGAUUAUCACCGAGCGGGUAAUGGAAUAGCGGCAGCUGUACGGUUUUGUUUAAUAUUUCUCUGUGCAACUCCUGCUGCGUUGUUUACAUUAAACUAUCAUGAUUAUUAUGCGGCUAUUUACCCAGGAUCUUUUAGGAGUCAGCCAUCAUUAAUACAGAGUAUAUUUAUAUUUAUAUUGGGAUUAUUAAUUAUGCUUUCUUAUUACACAAUUGUUUCCAUUGCAUUCUUCUUCUUGUAG